AGCUUGUUCUGUGUGCGCAUCAGCACAGCAGUCUUGCGGAAGCGCUUGUCAAGAACGGUUGUUUUAGUAUCAAGAGGUUUGAAAUUCGCAUAUUCACGCAGUGGAUAACACUGCUGUUUAUUUCACUAUCGAAGAUGAAGUGGUUGAUUGCUAUCAGUGUUUACCUCACCGUCGUUAUUGCGGGUCCAAACAGUAACAAAACCAUUCCAUUCGCUCUGGACCUUUUCCAGGCGGCUGACCAUGGUGAUCCGGAGCAAAAUUUUAUCAUCAGCCCGCUGUCACCGCAAAUUCUACUAGCUCAACUAGCAGAAGGAUGCUCGAAGCUCGCUCGAGACGAGCUCAACAGAGUCGUCAGGCUAUCGAGUGACGAAGGCAAACAAUUGACUGAUGCUCUAACAGAAAUUGCCAACAGAAACUCGGCUGCCAACAAGCUGGAUAUCGCAUCCUCAAUUUUCAAAUCUGACCGCCUAGAACUGUCCGGAAAGUUCAAAGCCGCUCGAAAGACUAGUCAAAUUCCGAUCGUAAAUGUGGAUUUCUCUAACAAAAACAAAGCCGCAGGACAGAUCAACCAGUGGGCCAAGCAGAUGAGUCGUGGUAACAUUCCGGAAAUUGUAACGCAAGAUUCUCUACCCAACGACGCGGCAAUGCUGCUGCUUAAUGCAAUAUACUUCAAAGGAAAUUGGCGAUAUAAGUUUAACGAAACAGAUACUGACAGGAAUGGAAAAUUCGAGGCUUCAAAGGGACACACCAUUCCGGUGCAGAUGAUGACCCAGUCGAAUAAACUUCGUCACGGAUUGGUCAUUUUAGAUGAUGAACGAGAACUAGGUCUCCGCUGGGUUGAACUACCCUACCUGGGGGACGAAUUGGCAAUGAUAUUGAUGCUACCGACGUACCGCCAUGAACUGGACUCAUUGCUUAAGCAGCUAACUCCAGAACAUAUGGAGCAAAUUUUCAACACUAUCAAACACAACUACAAUCCGAUUAAAAUUCACGUGAAACUGCCCAAGUUUGCCAUCAAAAACAGAGUGACAUUGACGGAACCAUUGAAGAAGCUUGGCGUUAAACGAAUUUUCGAGGAUAACCGGGCUCUAUCGGAGAUGUUCCUAACGCCGACCAAAGUGGCGGAUGCGAUGCAGGAUGUGUUUCUCAGUAUAGACGAACAAGGCGCAACGGCAACGGCUGUCAGCGCAGUCACGACGAUUAAUCUUAGCUUAAAUCCAUACCAGGACAUGGACUUCACAUGCGAUGAACCAUUUGCUGUAUUCGUAGUUGAUAAAGUCAACCGAGUUCCACUGUUUAUGGCCAAGAUCCGACAGCCGUCCAGUCAGUAAUGUCCCAAGAUUAUUUUAUUUCAACUGGGAAGUCAAAAUGAAGGAGCUCGUGACAAAUAACAGAUAAAGAUAGUAUUUUUUUUCUGUGGUUUCUCGUUUGAGUUUCUAGAAAUUUUCAAAAAAGUUGACAGUUUUGAUGGUA